AUGGGCGCAGUAAAAAAGUAUUUUAAACGACAGUUCCAAACUCAAAAAUUUAAAUUCGAAUAUGAGAACGGCUCGGACUUCUACAUCGGAUGCUUCCAGAAGAAUAAAUCUUGCAUCCCGCUCUUACUAAUAAGAGCUUUAUUAUUUUUUGGAUCUGUGGCUAUAGUGGUGUCGUCUAUAGUGCUGGUCGCUGAGACCGGAAAAGGUGCAUUCUGGCCAAUAUACUUGACGCAUUGGGGGAUAUUUCUAAUGAUGGUAUCUACUGGAUUUGGUUUUGCCAUUUCGUUGAUAUCGUUUUUGCGAGGACCUAUUGAUACGACCUUCAAGUUGCCUUGGUAUGUGACAGUGUAUUGGAUCCUUUACAAUAUUGCAGUACCACUGGCUCUUUUCAUUACAGUCUUUUACUGGGCAUUCUUGUCAGGGCUUGCAGAUUCCGAGGAAGCCGAGAAUUUGGAAUUCGCCCCCAACAAAGCUCUGGACAUCUUCAUUCAUGCUAUAAACAGUGUUGUGAUGAUGCUGCUGUUACUAACAGCGCGUCAACCCGUCUAUAUCUUGCAUUUCUACAACGUGUUUGGAUGUGCCCUCAUCUAUCUGUUCUUUACUGUUAUUUAUUGGGCCGCAGGUGGUACUGACCAAUUCGGACACUCUUUCAUCUAUCCCAUGAUUGACUGGAACAAUCCGGGAGUAGCAGCAAUUGCAGUCGUCUUUUGCGCGAUUCUCAUUAUUAUACUCCAUGUGUUGAUCAGCUUUUUAACUGCAGGAAGAGAUGCAGUUGCUAAGUGGUAUAGAAAGGAGAACGCCAUGAGCUUCGUAGAGUAA